CCACGACUCCCGAGUAAAGACCUGCCUGCACCCCUGCGCUCGCCUCCCACUCCCCGACCUCCGGCUCCUGUCCUUCAUUCCUCGCCCGCCUUCUCCUCUUCCCCCAAACCCAAACCCCUAGCGCGCGCCGGGAAGGUGGAGCGGGAGGCGGCGGUGGAACCCUAGCGCGCGCGUGGCGGUUGCGGCAGCGGCGGCCAUGGACGCGGCGCGGAGGGAGAGGAGGCACCACCGGAAGGCCGCCGCGGCUGCUGCUGCUGCUGCGGGGGUUGGCGGUGGCGCCGGCGGGGGAGGAGGAGCGGCGGCGGCGGCGGCCGCGCGGGCGGCGUACGGGGACGUGUUCGGGGGCCCGCCGCGCUUCGCGGCGCCGUUCGGGGGCGCGCCGCUGGACUACGCCGAGGUGUUCGGGGGCGUCGCGGCCACGUGCACCAUCCCGUACCUCGACCUGCCGCCCGCGGCCGCCGUCGGCGAGGACGGCGGCUUCUUCGCCUGCCGCGGGAAGGGGGACUACGGGGAGAUCUUCGGCCGCUUCGACUUCGCCGACUUCGCGCUGCCGUACGAGGACCUCUUCGGCGGGCCGGACCCCCCUGAGCCGGAGAGGGAGCCGGAGAUCACGUCGCCGUCGAGCUCGAGCUCCAGAUCAUCGAUCAUAAAGGAAUCCAGCCACCUGGAGGAUGAGCCUCCUAUGCUUUCUCAACAUUAUCAAAAUCUGGAUCAUCAUCAUCACUUCAACGACCAUAAGUUUUCUCCAGUAUCCUUCUCUCCGGAGACGGGAACUCAGCAGUUUGUAAUGUCAUAUAACAAGACUACUGAGAGGAGACCUAAUGAUUUAAUUGAGAUGACGACCUGCACAGUUGAACCUUCGGUGGACUUUGUGAUUGAUUCUCGCAAUUUGUCGCAUGGUCCAGCAACAAAUCAUGUUUCAAGAAUUGACAAUGGCACAAUGCUCAAUGACGAUAAUGACAAGAACCCAAGCUCUGCUAGCGCGAGUGCGAAAAGUCCGGAGAGUGAUUUUGUAGUUGAUCAGAAGCAGCCAAGUCCAUCUUGGACACCAAUUUCUGGAAGUAUUUCUGUAAAUGAAAACCACAAGAACUCUGAUAGUCAUUCAACACGCAGUACUGUCACACCGGAUUAUGCAUUUCUUCGGGUAUCUGACACUGAUGCACAGAUACAGUCAAUCAAAGUACAGCCACUGUUGAGGCAACAACCUAAACUGCUCAACAAGAAGGAAAGUGCAGCUAAAGGAGGUAUCACUCCAACUUCUGCUGCACAUACCAGUUCAAAUAGCAACAUGCCUCAUGCUGACAAGAAAUCUGAUGCCAAUCCCACUUCUGCUUCAGCUGCUAUGAAGGAGGCAAUGGAUUUUGCUGAAGCUAGGUUAAAGGCUGCAAAGGAAUUGUUAGAGAGAAAAGGUGACAAUUUUAAAUUGCGGAAGAAGUCAUGUCACCAUAGAAGCACGAGGUCUACAGAAAUCAAGGCUCCUGUAUCUGUAGAGUUGGAUACAUCCGAACAAAAACUGUCUGUGAAAAAGUUAUCGGAAGAAGAAAAGAACCCUGAUGAUUCUUUGUCUGACAAGCAUAAAAGCCCAAGUGCAGUCAGGUUUGAUCAUGUUGAUGAUAAUGGAAGCAGGGUACUUCCACUGAAGAAGCCUCAGCAGAUGAUGCAAUGCUCCACUGAGUAUUGUCAAACCUCCAAUAAACUAGAGAAAUUAGGCAUGUGGAAGUCAGGUAAUGACUUUUUUGAGCUAACUGGAGAUGAUCAGAAAUGCAAAACUGAUGAAGCCACAAGGGAGGGUGAUAAAUGCGAGCGAAUUAAUCCCAUUACUACUGCCAUCAAUGAUCAUAGUGAAACUGAACUGAGCGCAGCAGAUUCUGACUUGGCAAGGUAUGAAAAACUUUGGGAGGUUAAUGAUGGCAGGAAUCUGGGGGUGGAACAUGUAAAUCUGAGAGAGGGCAAGACGGCUCCAGUGGACAAAGAUAGGGUGUCCGUGAUUUUAGAACCUUCUAUGGAAAAUAUGGCACACCGAAAAACUCAUAAUUCAAUUAGCGAGGGACUUGUAACACAGGAAAUUGCUAAGGAAAGCCAUGAUACCGAUGAGUUUCUUGAUCUUCCUUCUACGAGUGAUGCCUCCACAAAGCUGGAUAUCAUCAAGGAUAUGCCAGGUUCAUUACCAGAGGCUUGCUCAUCAGGAAAUGCCAGCGAUUUUAGAGGCCUUGGUAAUAGUAUCCCAAAAGUAAGUCCAGUAGCAGGAACAUCACAGGAGGACACAAACAGUAAAGUGGAAGAAGUACCAUGCAAUGACGGGAUGCCAUGCACUUCUGGAAGUGAUGAAAAAUUACAGGAACCCUCAGAUGUAUCUAAUGUUGCUACUUCGCAGGGAAGUAACAUUAAAUCAUUGAUUUUAGAAGAACUUAAAGAAUCUGAUGCAUGUGAUACCUUCUUGAGACCGAGAUCGAGUAAAAUCGAGCAGGAAGCUGAAACUUAUGGAAGAGAAAAAUUCAGUUUUAUUGGUGGAUCACUCUUGCAUAACAAAGGUGCUAAGAUAAAUGAAGUACUUCCUGAGGAAGUCAAAAUUGAGGAGGAAGUUAGUCCAUGUACACACCCUGAAGAAAUAGUUGUGGAUCUGGAUGCCGAGUGUCCUGAAGAUGAGAAUGAUAUUAUUCUACAAAACGAUAGUUUUGCAGACAGAGAAGAACCAAACAUGCUGAAUGUAUUUGAGGUAGCUAGCAAUUUGAUUAAAAGAGAAUUGGAUCAAGAAAUGCAUGGAUCAUUUGGUCAUGGUGAAGCGGAGAAAGUGGAAGAAGGAAUGGAUGGACUCGUCUCUCAUGUUAAUGAUAAAGAAGCAGAUGAAACCCCAUUAGCAAAUAGUGACAGGAUGGGUAGUGAAGAAGGAUCUGCUCCUUGUAACCAGGAGGACCAGAAGUCACCUGAAAGUACCAACAGAGGACGAAAUGAUCUAGAUGCAAAGUGUGAUACAACUUGUGAUGAAGUUGGAUCUGAAUCCUUUCCAGGAGAUGAAGUUAUCCUCAAAGCUGCAAGUUAUAGUGCCACCAGAACAACUAUCAAUUUGAAGGAGGAGCCGGCUUCCUCUUCAGAAAUGUAUACUCGCAAGCAGCACUCGGUGCAAAACGAUAACUCUACUAUGUCUCAGACAUCUUGUAGUGUUCCUGAUUUUGGAGAAACUGGAGAGAUUUCCAACAGAAGAGAAAGAGAAUUACCAACACAAAGGUCUACAAGUGAAGAGAAGAGCAGGGCAAGCAAAUUUGAAGAAAAAGACACUACAGCAAGGAUAUCAAAGGCAGAGCAUGGGCCGUCUCCCUUGGAAACGUUGCAUGAUCUAACCAAAUCUGCUGAAGGUCCCUUACCAGUUUCAGCAGAAACAUGGAAAACAGACGCACUUGGAGUUCAGAGGGCCAAAGAGAGGGAGAAUAUAACAAGAGCAGAUAAUACAACUGAAAAGGAUAAUGGGUCUUCUCGGAAAACACAAGAAACAAAAGAAAGUGAAAGGAGAUUGCAGAAAGAAAGAGAACUUGCCGAAGAGAAGGAAAGACGAAAAUUGGAAGAGGAGGAAAGGGAAAGGGAACGGAAAAAGGAUAGACUUGCUGUUGAAAGAGCGACAAGAGAAGCGCACGAGAGAGCAUUUGCUGAGGCUCGUGAAAAGGCAGAAAAAAUGGCUCAGGAAAGGAUUACUGCUGCACGGCAACGAGCAUCUGCAGAAGCCAGAGAGAAAGAAGAGAGAGCAAGUGCUGAAGCAGCUGUUGAAAGGGCUACUAGAGAAGCUAGGAUAAAAGCAGAACGUGCGGCAGUUGAGCGAGCAACUACAGAAGCUCGGGAGCGGGCAAUAGAAAAGGCAAAGGCUGAGAAGGCUCUUGCAGAAGCAAGAGAACGGAGGGAACGGUACAGAUCCUCUUUCAAAGAGGGUUUUAAGUCAACCAAUCAGGAUAUUCGACAAGAGUCGCAGUUUCAGAGGGCAACUUCCAGUAAUUUCAGUAGAAACCCAGAUUCCGGCAACAGAGUGGUUGAGGUUGAGUCGGCUUUAAGACAUAAAGCAAGACUAGAGAGGCAUCAACGCACAGCUGAGCGUGUGACAAAAGCACUUGCUGAGAAGAACAUGCGGGACGUGCUAGCUCAAAGAGAGCAAGCAGAGAAACAUAGGUUGUCUGAGUUCCUGGAUCCUGAGAUUAAGAGAUGGUCAAAUGGAAAGGAAGGAAAUCUGAGGGCCUUGCUGUCCACAUUGCAAUACAUUCUUGGUGCCGAUAGUGGCUGGCAACCGGUGCCACUUACAGAUCUGAUUACAGCUGUUGCUGUGAAGAAAGCUUACAGGAAGGCAACCCUCUGUGUCCAUCCAGAUAAAUUACAACAAAGGGGUGCUACAAUCAGACAGAAAUACAUCUGUGAGAAGGUUUUUGACCUUCUUAAGGAUGCUUGGAACAAGUUCACUUCGGAGGAGCGCUAGGAUGGAAGCUAAGCUGCGGUUUAUUUUGAGGCAGGAGAUUCAUUAGUACUUAUAAUAUAGCGAUAUCGUUAGUUUCUUCAUUCAAUAUUGAUGUAAAUAUGCAGUUCUAGCUCUACAUAUCCAUGUCAGGAACAGCGCCAAUGCUGCAGGCUAUUAACCUUUGACUCAAAUCAGUUCAGUAGAAGAGCUCCAUUGCUCCUAGUCUUAUGGCA